CCGGAAGCUUUGGGACGGCUACCAGCGCGUAGUGGCGAAUAUAAUCGAAAACAACUCGGCUUUUGCUGAGUAUCCUUUGAAAUCUUCAAAACCGUUGAAGUUGUCCUGUGGCUGAGAGUAAAUCUUUGCCAAGUUGGACAUCCAUCGUGAUACUUUUUUUUUCUGGGUAUUACGGAAGAGCGAUCGUGCAUCUCUUGGGCAUCGCUGAGCGAUUCGACGAUGGUGUCCACCUUGUAAUUGCUUUAAAGUGUGCGGACCUUAUUUGAAAUGAACACGACUUCUAAUUCAUGUAGUUAACUUUGCUUUUUUUUGCAAUUAAUUAUGUUCUGGACUGCGGGCAAUCAGUUGAGCGCGAUAAAAAUAUAGAAAAACGAAACUUUGAGCUGUUGAUAUGUCAGUACGCGCGGUUCAUAGCUAGUGAUGACAUCACCACAUGCUUGCACUACCAGUUCCUAUUGCCCAGAUCCAAAUUUCUCCGUUCGGCUGACUCUUUUGACUCUCGAGUAUUCUGAGCUUUGCAUUUUGUUUGGCGCCCCUUUUAAAGGCACCGCUGGAGUGUUGACUACGGAAUUUGGCCUCUCCUGGCGCGAAGUCACUGACUUGCUUGUUCACUGCUCGGAGGGUGAAGCCACAGAAAAGGCUCUCUUGUUUGAUAUUGCUUGGCAGGUUAUUUAUUUUACAAGGAAAUUUGAAAUCUCAGACGCUCGCUAUAGCGGCCCUCACAAGCCAUUACUUCCAAUUCAGUGGGGAGGAAAAGCAGAUUCUUUUUUAUAAAAAAAAAAAAUUACGGCUUGUGAUUGCCAUGUGCAAUCGCGCGCUAGGCGGAGAUCUGCUCGUAUUGGCGACCUAUCCCGGCGGCGCUUUGGAGCUCAGAGAGAAGAUUAAAGACGUACUGCUUUUGGAUUCCUACCGGGACGGCUAUUUUAAAGAGGAAUUUGAACUUCUGCUUUUCUAUAGCGAUGUGCUUCAGUUUUAUGAUCUUCACUUCAAGGGUCUGUACCACGAGGUUUAUGCGAAGUUCAAAUGCCUCGACCUGCAAGAUUGGGAGUUCUCUCGGAACGCAUUCAGAAAGUUUCCUAAUUUGAUUUUAACGUUCAUGCGUACUCUCCAUUUCUUUCCAGUAAUACUCCAAACCGCCUUUACCAAGAAAAGGAAGUCAAAGAUCUUUUCGAGUACUGUACAACUGCCGAUGUGGAUCUUAGUAAAGUUGGUAGCACACUAGCCAGAUUAGAAAAUC